AUGUUCGUCCUCCCUCCGCCGCCGCGCUAUCCUGUCGGAGGCUACCCGGGCGCGCAGCCGGGCCAGCUUAUCGAGACCAACAACACCCUCACCCACCCCACCGGCCCCGAGCACCAGCUGGUCGUCGGAGAAGGUACCUAUGUGCUGCGCGACGACCUCCACCUAGCUACGCCCCCGCCGCAUCCCUCAGAGGCCCCCAUCCACAACCCGAACCCGCUUGCGACGACCGUCUCUCCUCCCACAGCUGGCACCAAGCUCUCGCUCGUCGCCCUUGCGCCCCGCCAGCCCUCGCAGUCGCAACUCCACCGAUUCGGCACACGGACGAGCACCCGGUCGCAAGUGCCCCCGAGCAUACAGGAGUCGCCGCACGAGAGCAACAGCCAGGCGAGCGAUGGCGGUUCAUACAGCGCCAAUGGCAUCGUGUCGUCUCCGCUGGAUGGGCUGAAGACACCCGUCUUCGGCGAAGGCAACGCGGCGCUGGCAGUCAUCAACGGCAAAGACUCCAAGGAUCCUACUAAGAGGCGGAAACCGAAGAGCAACAUUGUUAAGAGCAACUCGUCCUUCGUAUCCAGAGUCAUUCCCCAUGAGGCCCUGACCAAGCGAUUGCAAGAACACAACCCCAAUGGCCUCUAUGCCUUCGCAAACAUCAACCGCGCAUUCCAGUGGCUGGACUUGACUUCACCUACCAAAGACGAACACCUGACCAAGAUUCUCUUCACGAAAGCGCACGCGCUAUGUCACGAUAUAAACCAGAUCACAAAAGGCCCAAAUCACCUCGACAUCAUCAUGGGCUUUUCGACAGGCGACAUAAUAUGGUACGAGCCAAUGUCGCAAAAGUACGCGCGCAUCAACAAGAACGGUGUCAUCAACAAGACCGCCGUGUCGGACAUACGGUGGCUGCCGAAUAGUGAGAAUCUCUUCCUCGCGGCGCACAUGGACGGCAGUCUGGUGGUGUAUGACAAGGAGAAGGAAGACGCCGUGUUUGUGCCAGAAGAGGCCGUCACAUCUCCUAGCGAGAAUGGGCUGACAGAUCAGGAGAAGAAGCUGAAGCACCUCUUGACGGUCAAGAAGUCUGUCAACUCGAAGAACCAGAGAACGAAUCCCGUGUCCUACUGGCAAGUCUCGAGGUCAAAGGUCAAUGCCUUUGAAUUUUCGCCCGAUCGACGUCAUCUUGCGGUUGUGUCCGAGGAUGGGUCCUUCAGGAUCAUGGAUUUCCUGCGCGAGAAGCUGCUCCACCACUACAUGAGCUAUUACGGCGGCAUGAUGUGCGUCUGCUGGUCGCCUGACGGUCGCUAUGUCGUCACGGGAGGGCAAGACGAUCUCGUCUCGAUAUGGUCUUUGGAGGACAGCAUGCUGGUAGCGCGCUGUCAGGGCCACAAUUCGUGGGUGACGGCAGUGCAGUUCGAUCCAUGGCGAUGCGACGAGCGCAAUUACCGUAUUGGCAGCGUAGGAGAGGACUGUCGGUUGUUGCUGUGGGACUUCAGCGUCGGCAUGCUGCACAGGCCGCGAGCAGCGUCUGUGCGACAGCGCGGUAGCAUCGCCUCGUCGAACCUCAAGAUGCAGCGCACACAAACGGGAGGAAGCUCGGUCAAUAGGCUGCGAUCGAACUCGAACCUCACAUCGGGCAGCAUGGCGGACGAGGAAGAAAUAGUGGUGCACCCCGUGGAGCCUCGGGCACGCACGGCCAUGCUACCUCCAGUGCUGGCAAAAUCCGUCCACGAGCACCCACUGUGCUGGCUAGGCUUCGAAGAGGACUGCAUCCUCACCUCAUGCAAGAACGGUGAGUCGCAGCAGCAGCAAGCAAAGUUUUCGUUCAAAUCACCUCAUAUCCACCCGUUACGCGCACGUUGCACGUAUGAUCUGCGAUAA